AUGGAAAGCUCACAAAGGAAAAGAAGAGGAACAGAAGAACUCCAUCAACAUUUCAAGAAGCUGGAACAAGAGUGGGAAGCUUAUAAGGAAUCCAAGUCAACCACAACAACAUCACGCAGACAUUCCCUUUCUCCUUCAAACCAAACCAUUCACAAGCCACACAAAUAUUCUCCCAGAGAACUCAUGUUCAACCUCCAACAAGAGUCCCCCUCACCACCAGAGGCAUGGAGGAAAGUGACGAGAACCAAAGGCGUUGCAGUGCGAGAGAUCCUCCAAGAGCGUAGGGAUGCUUUCCGAAGAGGAAAGUUGAAGGGUCGACGACUUUUUCAGUCAUCAACUACGGAAGGAGAGAAUAGCGACAGGGAAGUGAGAUCAAUGUCUUUCUAUAACUUGGAUGAUGAAUCUAAUGGAAGUGAAGGGGUGCAUGAUUAUUGUAACCUCCGUGAGCCUUAUUAUUCUUCCUCGUCAUCUUCUUCGUCUUAUCUUGCCGGUGAUGACUACCACGACCAAGACAUGGAGAAAGUGGUGCAGUUGGUGCCAUUGAUAGUAGAGAUGAGAGUUGCUAGUGUUAGUGGUAGUCGUGGCAAUGGAAAAACGAGGUACGCUGUUUUCUUAGGAUGGCUUGCUAUUAUCUUGCUCGUGUUUGCAAUGUGGAUGCGCUUGGAAAAGAUCUUCCAUGGAGAUGAUUGCGACGAGUUUUUGGUUCCAACAUGA